AACACCUCCACGACGUUGUAUUCUCCAUGCAUACACAUGUCGUCCUCAUCGAAUCCACCAUCUCUGUCCGGUACCACCUUCACACGUCGUCGCGAGAACCGGUAAUCAGUGGCCCAAGCUCUAACUAGCUAUCCAUCGCGGAUAGCUCGCGACUCUCUCGACGGGCACAUCACAACAGACGAACAGAACAGCCAUGAACUUUGUCACUUUCAACCAGGAUCACAGCCAUCUAGGCGUCGGUACCACGAAUGGCUACCGCAUAUACACCACCGACCCAUUCAACAAGCAGUCCGAGUCGCGCGAAGGAGAUGUCUCCAGCCUCGAGAUGCUGUUCUCGACGUCUCUAGUCGCACUCACCCUAUCCCCCCGGGUGCUUCGGAUACAGAACACCAAGAGGCACUCGACUAUUUGCGAGAUGACCUUUCGCACAGCAAUACUCGCGAUGCGAUUAAACAGGAAACGGCUAGUUGUGGUUCUCGAAUCGGAGCUUUACAUAUAUGAUAUCAGCAACAUGCAGAUGCUCAAGACCGAGAAGACGUCGCCAAAUCCUAAUGCUAUAUGCGCUCUAUCAGCAUCCUCUGAGAACAACUACCUCGUCUACCCGCUACCCACGAAAGCUGCACCCGCUACCUUCCAACCACCAUCGCAUGCGCCGCCCAAGUCCGACCAUAUCGCUCCGACAAGCGGCGAGGUUCUUAUAUACGAUGCUACAAAGAUGGAGGCGGUGAAUGUAAUCGAGGCACACAACUCUCCUCUAUCUUGCAUUGCGCUGAACAACGAUGGUACCCUGUUGGCUACGGCGUCUGAGAAGGGCACAAUCAUCCGAGUCUUCUCGAUACCAGAUGCACAGAAGCUGUAUCAGUUCCGGAGAGGCUCAAUACCGGCCAAGAUAUAUAGCAUGUCUUUCAACUCGACAUCGACACUGCUGAGCGUGUCAUCGGCAACCGAGACUGUGCACAUCUUCCGGUUAGGCGCACCCAACACAAGUCGGAGUAAUAGCGUAUCCUCGGGGCCCAAUAGGCCGCUUUCUGCGUCUCGUGAACGUAGCAGUAGCCGGGCCAGCGAGGAAAACUUUGACGAGUUUGGCGCCAGCUCAGCAGACAUUGCGUCUUCCGAGCGCAAACCGCUGAACCCAACCUUGGCGAGUAUGAUACGGCGGACAUCACAGACCGUUGGAAAAUCGUUUGCGGCAACUGUUGGCGGUUAUUUGCCAAGCGCAGUAGCAGAGAUUUGGGAACCUGCGAGAGACUUUGCUUGGAUCAAGAUACCCAAAUCACCCAACAGCGCCUCUUCAGGCCCCAUGAGAAGUGUGGUGGCGCUUAAUAAUAACGGUCCUCAAAUCAUGGUGGUUACGAGUGAGGGAAACUACUACAUCUUCAAUGUCGACCUCGAGAAGGGAGGCGAGGGGACACUGUACAAGCAAUACUCGCUUCUUGAACCGAAUGAGCUCACAUCGAGUACCUCACAGGAUUUGCCCGAGUAGCAAUCUUCCAGCAGAUCUACGGGGGUUGUCGGUGUGCGCUCCAGCCUUAUGAAUUAUUGUGAUUGUUUUGCAUUGCACUGGCGUUGAACCUAGUCAUGUUAUUCCCCCAGGUCGGAGCAUAGUAUUUUAGUCGUAUGCUAUUUUUGAACGGUGGAGGCUUCAUCCAUGCCUUUAUAGAUAAUUCAGAAACUAUACUUUUA